GCAGAGAGGAGAUGGCAAUGUUAGUCAGCUGAAAGCGCGUCCCGAAUCUAGUUCGAUCGUUGUUUCCAUAUAUACAAGAUACAAAAAAAUUUUACUUAUUUAGAAACACACAGAGUGAGGAGAGGCAUAAUAAGGCACAAAUUUAUUUAUCCAGAGAGAAGUGUGUUGUUGUUGAAAGAUAUUUUCGUGUGCUGUGUGCGCGCUCAAGAGCUGCGGGGAAGAGAUUUGACGAAAAAACCUGAUAAACGGCUGUUGAUAACGAACAAUACAACACUACAAAUCUUUAUCGCAUACAUUUUUCUUAAAAUAUUUAACAAAUAUUAAGGGGCAAUUGGUGAGGCAUCGUCGCGUGAGGACUGUAUUUAAUAAUUUUUUUGGGGAGAGAAACUACUGUGAAGGUGACCUACAUUGAAUUUCUCUGAGCUACAAGACUGAGGGUUGCAUUCUGAAGAUUUGGUGGAUUGAAUUUGCUUUUCUGUGAUCUCGAGAGAGCUGCAAAGAAGACACACAGUCAACACAAGACUUUGCCAAUAACAAGAAGAAAAAGAAAAAGAACAGCCCAAUCUCGACACACCGCCCAGGACAAAAGCGCACGAAAAGUCUCGAGAGAAAGUCGGGAUUCACUGUAUAAUGUUCAAUACAUUGGCAUCGUAUUUGUUGGGAAAUUCGAUCAGUAGCAGCAGCACUUGUGGGACGAAAAAGGAGCAAGAGGAGAAGCACGACAAUCGAACUGGAGACGCGGAUUCACCGUCAGCUGAUCAACACAAUCUACUGCACACCGUUGCUGACGACGAUUACGACGACUGGCUCUUGGUGGAGCGUGACAACAUUGCCGAGGACGACGUCAGCCUCCCGCGCACGGAUUCUGAGGAGGAGUUGCCCAUUGUUGAGAUAAAGAACAGCCCACUGGUGACCAAGGCGCGCCACAAUCGCCAUGCCGAGCCGCCGAAUGUUGUGGGUCUCACUUCCAUGGAGGAGUCCUGGUUCGUGACGCCUCCGUCCUGCUUCACGGGCACCCAGGGACCCAUUCACAUGGAGACGUCGCCUCUCGAGAAUCUCCUGAUUGAGCACCCGAGCAUGUCUGUGUACCACAGCAUCCGGGGCCCUUCUCAGCCCAUUGAGAACGACAUGGUCGUGCUGAACUACGAGGCCGAGGAGAAUCAACCCCAUCCGGCCGACGAGAGGAUCGUCAAUCAUACAACUCGAGUCACGGCCAGGGUCAGACGCUCGGCUGGCGUUGUGUCGUUGGAGGAGAAGCAGGGCUAUUUGUAUCGCAUUGCUCAAAUGAGUCACGAGAAGAAUAUACGCCAGAAGUUGUGUCGGAAUGCACUGAUCAGAUCCAACAAGACCAAUGAGGUGAACGCCAAGAAUGGCCGCCAGAAGCGCUCGGACAAGCAACACUCUAAGAAUGCCAGUCGCGCCAACAAUAAUCGCAAGUGCUAAACUGGCACAUGACGAAAGCAAAUGGCUUUGGACUCAAAUGGUUUGGACCACUGGCGAUUAUUCCCCGGACUCUGGAGAGAGAGGGAGAAAGAAAGAGAGAGAAUCAGGGCGCGAACACUUCCCAAAAUUUCUCCUUCUCUCCCAGUUUUGAUCUCUCUUAAAGCAAAGCACACACAUUUAUAUACAAAAUAUUGCAAAGAGAGAAGGAACGUUUCUUCGUAGAUUGUCGUGUCUAUCGGUAUAAAUAUUAUUAAAAAGAAGAAGAAGAGAAAAAAAAAAA